AUGGCCCAAACCCAGUACGCCAUUAAUGGACACACCACCAAACCGACAAGGAGAUCAGCAAUUGCCAUCGAUACGAUGAUGCGAUUAGAAGGCGAAGAUCUGAGUUUUUUUAAAGGAUCUUUCCAGACUGAUAAAACGACUAAUAAAUUUCCGAAAACGAUAAUAGCAGACAUGACCAUCGCAGGAAUGGAAAAAGCCAUAGAUAUGGUGGGUGAAUUCCCCACAUUCAGCCACCCUUUACCUAAAUCUUUGUCGCUUGUCAUAUUGGAAAUAUCGGUAUUGCCUUUGAUCGCAGCCAUUUUCAGUCAAGAUCUUUACCUUCGGAUACCUAUAUAUCCACGUAGUACUUUCUCUUUCUAUUUUUAUUCGGUCAAUAUACCAAGGCUGUUAGUUAGGUAAGAUAUAUUUGAAUUCGUGUCAAAUUAACAUGUAACAGUCUCCACUUUGAGUAAGCGAUUCCUCAUGACGUAGGCAAUAAACUUAAAAAACGUCCCUUAACUAUCCAAUCACGUAAUGCCAGACUUAUCAAAUCCGUCUUUGUUCAAACACUUUUGGUGUUCAGUUUACAGCUGAUUACUCCUUACAGCUAGAGGAGAAAUGCAAAAGGAAGAAAGUUGUCACUUAAACAAUUAACGAACCGUCAUGAUUCCUUUCUUAUCCAAACAUGAAAAGGGAACGCAUAAUUUCUGUAAAUCUAUACUAUAGUGUAACUUUGAGCUCGAGCACGACUUAUAUUGUCUGUAAAGACGGAAGUUAUUUGGAAACAACCCAGAAUUGUUUUUGUGGGCUUCAUCUUAGCCAUUAAAUGAAGAGUAUUGUAGGUUUCUAUCUCUUUCAAAAUGAAGGUAAUAUCACUUUUACACCGGAUUAUGUUUAUUUUACCGUGUGGUAAAGACUACUUCGGCAUUUUCUCAGAACAUAUUUUUUUCCAAUCUCCACCCCUAGUUAUUGUUAUUGACUGAUAAAAGCCAAUGCGGGCAAAAUGGGUGCUAAAAUUAAUGUGCGUGACACCUGCCUCCACCGGUUUGUCUUUUUUUAUGACAUAGUGCAGAUACUUUGUAAGUUCUUUGCAAUGUACCCGACACAGAACCAGCUAGUCCCAUGAUCCUUCCGUGGCAAUUGCAUCUCUCUCGCUUUCCUCCUUGGUUCAGGUCUGGGCCGCGCUUUUACUGGCACAUUCUCUUCAUGCAUCUCUCUUUCUACAACUCUCAAAAAUUCCUGUCGGGGUGUUUCGUCUUCCGCCCCGAUACACUUGAAUCUCCGCAUAUGCAAAACAUCAUCAUCAUCAUCAUCAUCAUCAUCAUCAUCAAAGCCUUCCAAUCUUGAUUGCUAGUCAGUAAAGGUACUCUUGCUUAAUUUGAAAUUUUUUUCUGCUUGACCUCAAACUACACAAUUAGGAAUUAUUUGCCCUGGGUAGCCUUUGGAAGUUAUCUUACUGAUUUUCAUUAUUUACUUACAACAAGAGUUAAUAGUUCCAUAAAGAAAAUAAAUAUCCCUAAAGCCCUUAGGGAAAUGAUUCGUCACAAUUGUAAUUAGCUUGUCAAAUAUAUGUCAUCAAUAAUUUUAAAUCAUUACUCGAUUUUGCAUCUGAACGGACGGCCAUCGUUUUAGAGUUUACGGAGGAAUUAUGCAUCAAACAUAUGGAUUUUAAAGCCUCGAUGUUACAACGCAAUUUUUAGAGGCCUAAAAUGGACUCGAUCCGAUGCCUACCUCCGCAGUAGCAAGACACUUCUCAAAAAUGGCCCGCACCCCUAAUCUCCUAAUCUCCUUAUCAUUCCUGGUGUUCGUGUCAAGUAAACCCUUUUUUUUUUAAGUAAAGAUGAAAAUUGCCUAACGCAUUACCAGACCCCUUCUAAACCUCUAUUCUCAUUGGUCUCCCAUUAAUUGCACCUCCCGUUGCUUUAGGGCUCGUUGAAUUGUUUUGGUCCGUUAUCUAUUGUUUCAUCAAAUUAUUGUGAUGACAGCCUUCUUUGCAAAAAGUGCAGGUUGACCUUAAAAAGGCUCAAAGUCAAUAGCCAAGAGCGAAACUCCUUGCUUUUAGAAAUCAGAAUAUUGCUCCCCUGUUUUAACAAGCUUAAGGGUUUUAUCUGAAUUGUGCUUUGAAUUUGGUUACUUGGUCUUGGAAAGUCUUUUUUCACAUUUUACUCUAUCUUUCUUUUGAAAUAAAACCAGCAUUUUAAGACCUUCUAUCUUCUCGUCAAUUUUCCCUUUUACAUAAAGUCAAUUUUGUCUAACUCAUUCUAUUGCAAAAUAUUGCAAAUACCCGAUCUAUUAGAUUUAUCUUUGGCGCUUGUCCUCAUAGUCUUUGAAAGAAACUCAUUUUUCAUAAUGCGUUGACGGCUCAACAAUACCUCUCUGAUUAAUGAUUACCGGUAAUGAAAAAACAAAACAGAAUAGGAAUAUAAUUUUAUCCCGCGAUAUAAUUUAACAUUCCUUUGCAAAAACCACUUUCUUUCCACAAAGAUGUGAUUCUUCAGUUGGUUAUAGUAUGAUUUUUUUAUGUUAAUGCCUUCGGAUAAAUAAUGCUGCACUUUUGUCGAGAAUGGCUGCCCUUAUAGGUCACUGAGAUUUCAGGAAUUGGACGGGCGAUUCGAUUUGGCGCAAGUUUGGCUUGGUGCCGGGAAUUCAAAAACCGUAUCGUUAAUUGUUGCAAUUUCUGUGUCGAUUUUGUCUCCCAUCAUAGUUUCUGGAAAUUUACUGGUCUUUUUCUCCACUUGGAAAGAACCCUCUGAAGAAGCCCUGGUCAUGGCCAUCACACUCUAUUAUAUUAUCGAUGGUAGUUGUUGAUUUCAUGGUUGGGUUCGUGACUAGUAUAUUGACAGCGUAGUGGUGUUGUGCUGUUUACCAAACGAAGAAACCUGUUUUUGGACCCGUGAGAUUCAGUUUUACCUUUCUGAAUAUCAGUGUUAAACGACUUAUGUAUUUGAAAUACGCAACACUACUGCCGUCUCUACGUAAUGUUUUCCUAGAGGAGAAAAAAGAAUAUAAGCAGAAACGUUAAAUUUGAAAAGCAUUCCUAGUGUCAAUUUCAGAUAAACCAUGUUUUUACGAUUGCCUAGAUAGUUUGAUUUUAAAUCGUUUUCAUAAUUAUUAUAUGUGAGCGGUGCCCUUUUUUUAUCCUGAAUAAAAGACUACUUCUUUAAGAAUGGUUGCCUGUAAAUUAAGAGGAAGUAUUGUACAUACAGAACGAGUUUCUUUUAACAUCGCUUUUAGAGGGCUUAACUCGAAUCCGUAUUACGGCAAGUUUGAUCGAAUUUCACUAAAACAAUAUUUCUAAUGUCUUCACGAGCUUUCUUUUAACUUAGCGUAACAUAAGCGCAGAAUUUGUUUUUGCUUUUGUUUUUUGGAAUAAGCAUGAAAAAUGAUGUAUUUGGAGAGGUAUUUUGCGUUGACCGAAUACAAUACUAGUCAUUUUAAAUCAUUGCGUGAACUCUGUUCGCUUUGAGCUUUGAGCAGAGCCCCUGGCACUGUUUCUAUUCAAAUGGUAAUUUAAGGAAUAUUGUGGUACUUUCGCAUUGGCCUACGUCCUUUUACUCGCUGGAUAAAAGUAGAAACAGCCGUUUAAACUUGGCAUCUUUUGAGCAAUUUAAAUGCCUUCAAUGCAAUUAUUUUGAGGCUCUAUCAGACAUUUUGCAGAUUUGCUUUGAGUAACAUUACGAGCUGUAAAUUCUUUGUAAAGUUUAUUUUUAAACCAGUAGCUCGCAAAUAUUAUCUUGUAAAUCCUACCAAGUUUUUAGAGAUUCUUCAAAGUGUCACUAUCAGUCUAAGGUUAUAGCUUAAUUGGAGCCUGACGUGCCUAUUGACAAAUUGUUGGCAGGAUUCACAUUAUAGCAAACUCAAAACCGUCCCUUACACCAUUUUUUUACCGGCCCUUUAAUUCAUUUUUGAAAGGUUUUUUUGUCACCUUUGCUUUCUAUGAGAACCCCAGUUUCCACUAACUUAUUCUAUUCCACAAAUAUUGAUAGUGAGUAAUAUUAUUUUAAGUAUACUAAAAGUAAUCUCCACUUAUUUCAGAUGUUUAGAUUAUUUAUUCAUUUAUGAUAACGCUAUAUGCGUUCACAAUUAUAUCUCCUUCCUUCCUGAAGAGAAUGGUUUUUGAUAAUAAAAAAUUACAAUAAAAUAAGAGAGAAAAAAGAAACCGGGGUUUCAGUGCUCUUCCUGACGAAUUAAGGUACAGAACUUUUCCUGAUUUUAAGAGACGUGUACAAAUUCCUAAUACGUUUCAUUAAUCUUAAUUUUUUUGUCAAAGAUAUUAGUUGUAUAUUAUUGUAGCUGCCUGUGAUGUGGUCACAGCGAUGGCCGAUAUUUGUCACUUCGGGGUUAUUACUAAAACGUUACCCAUCACUAAUGCAAUAACAGACGUUUUCUAAACCUCUAUUUCCAUUGUUCUCCCAUAACCUGAACCUCCUAUUGCUUUUGGAGCUUUCUGAAUUGUUUUGUUCCUUUAAUAAACUAAACUAAUGACAGCCGUCUUUGCAAAUAGUGCAGAUUUACCGCAAUGAAGGCUCAACAUCAAUGGCCACGGCUUGAAACGCCUUGCCUUUUAAAUCAGAAUAUAUUACGCUCCUGCAUUAAGCAACCUUAAGGGUAUUAUCUGAAUUGUGCUUUCAAUUUAGCUACUUGCAUUUGUAGAGUGUUUUUAACACAUAAUGCACGUCUGUCUUGUGAAUUUUCCCUUUGAAAAUCCAUCUCUCUUAAAUGAUCCGCUUUUAAUUUGAGGAUUUGAGCCUAUUUUGUGUUUAACUUUGACAAGGGUGUCUCCAAUACUGAAUAUAAAACAAAAACACCUUACAGCUGAAUCACUUGCCUUAACCAUUAGGGUGGCCGCUUAAUGGAGGUUGGCCGCUAAAUACGUGUUAGAGUUCGUCAGAUAUUAGCAUAACCUUAAGCAGAAACUUCACUUUAUUCUGAAACAAACACCUUUAGAGGCCUCUGACGUCUUUCGUACAGGAGAGAGUUCUUAUGCCAAACAAAAAUACUAGAGUAUUGUAACAAACAAGCAAAUUUUCCUUAAAAUGUUGUCGUGAGGCUCUCCCAACUUUGCACGAACAAUAAUAGUACAGUGUUUACUAUGCCCUCAGUAAACUAUAUAAUCGAACUAAGGCGGCAAUGUCUGUUUCUGAAACCGUACAUUGCGGGUCCACAAUCAGUUGUCACUUUCUAUCUCAGACUGUAUUUUCCUUCAGUACACUUUCAAACAAAGCCAAACAAAGUGUUUUUUGUUGGCCGCUUAAUAGAGGUGAAAAAGGAUGGGAGAGCUCUCGUCGGGAUAGCAAAAAGGUGGCCGCGGCCUCUUAGUAAAGGUGGUCCCUUAAUGGGGGUAAAGUUACAAUUCUAUCCUACAAUUGUUUUCGGAACUUUGAUCACUGGCCGCUUAAUAAAGGGUGGCGGGUUAAUGGCUGGCCGCUUAACAGAGGUUCAAUUAUAUUUCAUGAUAGAUUUAUCCCUCAAGUUUCAGAAUCCGCUCUAUAGGAAAGACAUAGAAAUCGUCCUUUCUUCAUGUUCGAAAUGACGGUGUUAGUCACUCAGCUGCACCAAAAGCGGCCGUUUUUUCUAUUAUUAUUAUACAAGUUUUUAUGGUGCAUUCAUGCUCGAAUACUAAGCCACAAUUGCAUAUUCAUAUGCUUCCUAAGAAAGGUCAGUUUCCUGUCGCUAAUUCUAUUCCACAAAUAUUGCAAAUGCACCGGAUAUAAUAAGUUAUCUUCUUUGAAAGUAAGCCAUUUUUCUCAUUAUACUUCAAAGGCACAACAAUACCUCUUUUCUGAACAGAAAUAAUGUUUACCGGUAAGGGAAAAGAAAAAUAAAAUAAAAAAGUCGAGUUUCAAUGCCAGGCCUUAGCGUUUGCCUAUAUUUUUUUGCGAUUUCUGUGUGAUAUUAAGCCUUUAUGAAAACCACUUCCAAAAAAAGAUGUGAUUGAAUUGAUUUAUAAAUCAUCACGUUUUGCUUAUGGUAAAGCCCUGUGUUGGAAAAUGGCAUGUAAUAAACACCUGAAAUAAUACCUUCAUGACGUCAUAGUACCUUUUUUUUAACUAAUAGCACAUUAAACAAAAAGUACAAAGUGUGAGGAUUCUGAAGUCAUUAGCGCCAAUAACGAACGCUUCAAACUUGAACUACUCUUUUCUCGAGAAUGGCUGCCGUUACAGGUCACUUAAAUUUCUGGAAUUGGACGGGCGAUUCAAUUUUGCAACAAGUUUGGCUGAGUACCGGGAAUUCACAGACUAUACCAAUAAUUGUUGCAGUUUCUGUAAUAAUUCUAUCACCUAUCAUCGUUUUCGGAAAUUUACUGGUCGUUUUCUCCAUUUGGAAAGAUCCUCUGAAGAAGCUUUGGUCAUGGCCAUCAAACUAUAUUAUAUUAUCUAUGGCAGUUGCCGAUUUAAUGGUUGGGAUAGUUACUUGUCCAUUGACAGCGUACUGGGGUUGGGCUGUUCAUCAAAUGAAGAAUCCGACCUUUGGCCCAGUGACAUUUAGUAUUACCUUUUUAAAUAUCAGCGUUACUCACAUGCUUCUGUUGACAAUUGACAGGUUCUUUGCAUUGGUAACUCCACUUCAAUAUCGAACAAAAGUAACAAGAAAGCGAGUUUGUAUCGCAACUGUUACAUGCUGGGUAUAUUUUCUUCUCUUUGGCUUCGCGUUUAGUCUGUCACAAGACCAUUUCACAAUACUAGCGGCGAUAAAUAACUUACAAAUGUUCUCUUUUCUUAUAUGUAUUUUCCUCACGUACUUUGUGAUGCUAUAUCGCUUUCACAAAUAUUCCAGGUCUGCUAUAAUACAUGACAGUACGGCCAAUCGUCAUCGACGAAUAUUUCAAGCUGAAAGAAAUCUCUCCAAAGCUGUCGCAACUGUUAUCUGUGUAUUUCUUGUCUCUUUCAUACCCUGGCUUAUUGUACAAUUGUUAAUGUUUUUUUGCCUCCAAUGCAAUGGAAAUUUAUCACAACUUAUUCUUGCAUUUGGACUUACACAAGGUUUAGUGUACGGCAAUUCUGGUGUGAACCCAUUUUUGUACGCCUGGAGAAUCCCUAGAUAUCGGGCUACUUUCAAGUACUUUCUAAACAAUCGGAGUAGAUGCUGUGUUCGUAAUGAGAAACCGGCGGAAAACGUUAUUUACGAUACAAGAUUUUAGUGACUUUAAACUGAAGCAAUGGUUUCUAUCAUGAUCAUGACGUUCAUUUACACUAGACGGUGUUAAUAGGGAGCUUAGGCAACCGACGACGGCGACAUCAACUUGAACGGCAAAAAAGCUAUAGGUUUAGAUUGGCAAAACAACAUUACUUUGCAAAUGCAUCACGCUUCUCUGUACAUUUCUUUCACGUCACUGCACGACUACGACAUGAAAAUGCCCAAUUUCACGUUUUGUAAGGAUGUGAACACAAGACAAGGUUUUUCUUUUCCUGAACUUUGAUACAGUCUUUUAAAAUUCAACUCCAGGAAAAAAAUUGCCAACAUUUGGCAAAUUGAACAUGAUGGAAUUAGCGCGAUAAAGUUUGAAACAGGGACACUUUAUUUUUUAAGUGACGUUUUCGUAGCCGUAGUUGUUGUUGCUUAAGAGCGAAUGUUCAGAAAAAUCGAGCAAACCGUGGCCACAGCUCCAAACUUAACCUACCCUCAUUUUCAGUUUGUAAUAAGCUUUUAAUGAGUUAUAACGCUGCUGAGGUUUGAACUUCAAAAUGUGGCCGAGUUUAGGAGAUAUCUGAAUUUUCGAUUUCAACGGUCCUCGGGCCUAAAAUUAGCCGUCGAACACGGCAAAAUAGCCCAGUGACAGAAUUGACCUGACUUUCAUAAACGGGUGGAUAUAUUUCAGGGGCAUCCAACGACAAUUUUCGGAAAAAUAUCUGUUCGGAAGACGAUUUGAGAUCUAGAAUUUUCGGAACAUUUGUUGCAAAAUUUUUGCUUGCGUGCCUCUCCUAGGAUUUUCGAACAUCUAAAAACUACUAUAUUUGCCCAUGUUUAACGGAUUUUUACCCUUAAAAGGUCACCUAGAAUUUUCGGGAGCCUUUUUUCUGGCUGAAAUAUUCGAAAAGGUAAGUUUUGAUCCCUAUAAUUUUCGGAUCACUAGACUUUCAGCUAGGAAAUCCGAACAGAUGAAAAAAUUUUAGGGGAUAAAAAUAUGCCUAUAUCUACCGUUUAAAUACUAAAAUACGUUUAACAAUGCUAUGUUUAAGUGGUUUUGAACUAUAUUCUCGUUGGGUGCCCCUGAUAUUUUCAAUAUUCCAAUCGCGAGUGCGAGAGAACCUGAGGCUAGGUCUGUUUUCCAGUGACUGCAAAAUCUGAAUGACAUCAAAAAAUAAUUCUCGUCUGAGUGUUAAUUCUUAAAUGAAUAAAUUUUGCAGUCCCUUUUCCUGUGUUAAAAUAAACUAGCUCAAUUUGGUUCCUUUGUUUCUGAACGGCGACAGUGAGUAAACAAACCCUAAAAGGAAGGAACAUCUGAAUGCGUGACCAGUCAUUUUAAAGAUUUUAAAGAUUAUGACGUGGGAAACCAAAACAUUCCCGGCCUAGCAAUUUCAUUUUUCUUGUAUUUUUAGGUGCCCUGUUUUCUUAAAAGUCAGUGUUAACUGCAAUGGGUUAGCAAAUAUAUUGUCCAACUUUAAAAAUGGUACAGUAAUAUUCAUAAUAUUCCGCUAUGUACUAUGAAUGUUAGGAAGAUAAUUUGCACGACCCACGGAAGACCAAUAGUAAAUUAAAUUUUCAGGUUAAAGGUGGCUUUAAAGCAUGGAUUAUUUAUGUUCUAUUGAGACUUGUUAUAGAGUGUAGAAAACAGUAUAUUACAGAAAACCUCAAGCUGGAUACCUCUGUUUGUUUCUUUGUUUUUUUUAUUUCCAUUUCCAAGUAAACAUAUCGCAAACGCGAUAGAACUCUGCUUUUUCACCCCAAAAGCUUUUUUCGUGUUUAAGUCUAAUCUUUCAGAUCUAUACUCAAUGCAUCCCCUGCUAACAACCAAGGAUUUAAUUUUGCAUAAAAACUAUAUGAAAUUGUACUGUCUAGACUUCUUCUCCUACAUUUAAAACAGUGCGGUCUAGACUUUUCAUUAAAAGCAGGGCGCGGUCCCAUUUGACCCUAGUCGUUUGGCAUGGCUGCUAAUAAAGAAACAGUUUGCUCUUUUCAAGAAAUCGUUGGCGGCCAUUGCGGUUUUCGAACCAAGGAUAGGAGUAAGUCUGUAGAAGUCUUACCGCUUUUGAAAGAGAUACAUAGGCGCGCACGAGUCAGUGCUUCUAUUAACUGGUGGUGAAAAUAAAGUCGAUUUUAUUUUGUCAAGGGCGUCUAUGUUCGCUCCGCCUCGAAAUGUCAACAUACUCAACAUCUGCCCUCGCCACCGAGAGUCACUUAGCCUUUGCUGGAGACGCCCUACAAAAUGUAAAUGUUCCGUUCCUAACGUUCUUUCAAGGAACAGGGCUAAACCCAGGGAGCGGCCGAAGGAUGAAAGAGGGAUAACAAAAUGGAUGUCGCAGCAUAUUUUGCGAGAAACCGGCAUACUUGUGCCUGUCGGCUCAGGUACCAUUGAUUACGAACAGAAAUUGAGCGUCAGAAUUUAAACGCAAGCAUGGAUAGGAAGGCGGGGAAUUUUAUUAAAUAGCAGGAAAAUUGCUUCUCUCAUCUGUUCAGUUUAUAAAGUAAAGUAUUGUGGAUGGUUUUUAAUUUACAGGUCUGUGCUGCAAGUGUAGAAUUGCUUUUACAGCAACUGCAAAUGUGGCGACGCCUUCCGAAACUGAGAUUUCUCCUAGGAUGGGUGCUAUAACUUCGGUAUGUUCUUGUGUGCGAUCAUGGAUAGUAGAAAGUCCGGAUAGGAAGUUAUGUCGCGUGGGCUGAGUUGUUAUCGCCGAUUGGUUGUUUCGUGCUCCGAGAUGGCGUUGGAUGGUUCCAUCAUAGUGAAAUUUAUGACGUAAAGAUGGCGAAAAUGUGGCGCAAACCAGUCGACAUGUAGGGUUCGUUUGCCUGCAUGUUGUUCUUUUCGGGAGUUUUUAGUGCUACUUUAAUUUUUGGUGUAUGUUUUUCCCUUCGUUUGUUGUGUUACGGCGAUGGCGACCCUUGAAAGCCACACUUGAACCUUUGAGGUAAGCACUUCUUGUUGUUGUUUUGUGUUAUUUGUCCUUGUUUUUGAGAAAAUUGCGUUAAGUACGAUUAACAGAUCUUUCGAUGAUGAAAUUGUGGCAUAGGCAUAGUUACAGACUAUGAGUGCUGUUUAUUUUCCAACCAUACAUUUCGAUGUGGAAAAUGGCUGAAAUUAACUUUAUUCGGAGCUGGGGCCGAGCAAGUGUACGCAUACGGUGUCUAAAGUUCCAAUUGGCAGACUAGUUUUUUGUUGAGAACUGUUUCGCUCAAGUAAUAUCCUAGAUUAACCCUGCUAACUGUUCGCAAAGCAGUAUGUUAAUUUCGCUCAUCUUUUAAUGUUGAAAUAAAACUACUAUAUUACUUAUCCAGUGAAUACAAUCGCCUCACGUCGUUCCUCGCAGCUUGUAUUCGAAGGCACUGAAGAGACUGAAAUAAUUUUUGUACUUCUUCCUUUAAAUAAACUAAUAAUUGUAGCAUGAAUGGGAAAACACCUACUGACAUUUUUUGGCCUCCUUUUAGGCUCCCAAGUGUUGUCGUCAUUUUUUAAAGGGUGUUUUAGUUUUCCUUUUUUUGUCUUUUUUGUAGGCCGUUUGCUGAACACGGAUAGUCAAUGACGACAGUAAAAUUGUGGUGAAGUACUCUUCUGAGAGGGCACAAAUCAAUCAAUCUUUCUGUAUUAAACAGCAACAAAAGUUGCUUUUGUCAUGCAUGAGAGCCACAAGGUGGCAUCUAAUUUAUUUAUGAUCAGAAGUUUUAUUGAUCACUUCUGAAGAGUAUUAUUACUUCUUUUUGACUGGGACAAGUUAACUGUGUUUGAGGGUCACUGAAUGUAUUAGCUACAGAGUCAUGUGUUUUAGAUUUGGUUGGUGUUCUUCUCUGAAACGGUCUAUAUGUAUCUAUAUGUGAAUCACAUUGUUUUUCAAACCAAAGAUAGACUUGAUUAGCACUAUUAUUGUAUUCGGCUUUUUAGAGAUCCAAAGCAACAAUGUACCUGUAGAUGAUAAAACUUACCAAGAUGUAUUCUAAAUCAAACUAAUAAAACAUAUACCUGUACUUGUUUGGGGUAUGAAUUUUGUUUUCAACAACAUAAUAAUGUGACCAGACAGUCAUAUUUUUUCAAGCCCUUAUCAAUUUCAGGCUAAACAAAACCCUGCAUGUUACUUUUUUUUAUAAGCGGCUUCUAUUUUUCUUUGGGAACAGUGUUUUUAUUUCAGAGGUGAUUUACUGUAUUCCUUAUCCAUAUCAUUAACACUACAAAACAAAAUCUUAAAGGUUGUUUCAUCCUAAAAAAGGUUAGUAUUUCAAAGAUAAUAUAUUUCUAAGCUUUAUUACGCCUUAUGGAAGACAGAUAUUUCCUCAUGAAAAAGAAGUGAAGGUUCUACUAUUGACCAGGAGAGUUUGCUUCCCAGUUGUAUCCUAGUCAGGUUAACAUUUUAAACAGUUUUACAUAACAUUUGCAGUUCGCUUUUCAAAGACCUGACUGAAAACUACCGUGGGUCAUUGUACAUUUAUACCUGAAAAUAACAAAACAAUUUGCUUUACUAUGAAAAUUAACUUGAAAAAGUUGGAAACCGCGUUUCCAAGGUAGUCCGCAAGCAAAUUUCCUUUCUCUGCUGUGAGCUUUUUAUCCCCGCUUUUUAUACGUUUCUCAAAUACGGCUUCUUGUCACUGGUUGUCUGUCAAUAAAUUUCAAUGGAAGCUGAAACCCUCGUUUGAGCUGGGUACAUUAAGGUGGCUCUGUACAGUUUUUCAGGGUCAAUACCUCCCAAGUGUGAGCAUAAACUACGUCGCCAUAAACAAAGAUUUGGAAAAAUUAACAACACAGUUUUUAAGUGAGAGCCUCUCAUUAUUCAAGGGUAUUAUGUCCAAGUUUCAUAUUUUCGUGCACAACAAUAGCUAGCAUUUUUACAUAUGUCAAAUGCAUUGUUAGUUACUACUGCUCACGUGAAAAUGAAACUUUUAGACAAUACCCCUGAAUAAUGAGGGGCAUUCACUUGUAAACAAAAAACUUCUGACAAAAUAUUAGAAAAUUGUAGCCCUUAUUUUACGACCUUACAAUAUAUCAAUAAUCUUGAAACUAAGAGGUCAUAUAAAAGCACGGUUAAUCUCAAGAGUCUUAAUUUUUUAAAAAAAUCCAUCGAGCGGUUUAGAAAUUAUUCGCUAAUUUGUUAAAGUAGACCGAAAUGUUUACAUUACCGCUAACAAGAGCUCCCGAUACAUACCAAUCAAAUCCUUCUUUCUAGCAGUCGGCUGGAGGUAUCUCCAUGAUCUUUCACACACGUUUUUGAAAAGAUUGAGACUGCUAUGAGGUGAAAUUGCAUGUCAAAAGCGCUUCGUUUAGUACAGAUAACAGACGAAUUCUAACCCUAAAAACUUCUUCCGAAAAACUCUCGAUAAAGCUCUUACAGAUUUCGCUUUAACUUCACGAACACCGAUGCGGCUAUUGGAGGAAAAAGCUCCGGUAAACUAUUUUGGAAGAACAGUCCCCAGUGCCGAGAAAUACUGCUGCAAGUAAAAUAGGCAAUGGCAUCAUUUCGCUGCUAUGACAACUCCGAUGUCAUUGCAACCCUGAUCAUAACAAAUUUUCAUCUUUAUCUAAUACAACUGUGGUGUCAAUUUUUGCAAAUCUUUGUCUAUGGCGACGUAGUUUAUGCUCAAACUUGGGAGGUAUUGACCCUGAAAAACUGUAUCGAGCCACCUUAAACAUCAAGCCUCUACAGUUUUUCCGCUAAUAAAAUCAUUUUGUCAAGAGUUGUUAACUUAUAAAAUUUCGACAUUCGCUGACAUUGUCGGUAAAAGCAGAAGAGAUCGUCAAAACCUUGUCAAAGUAAUUAAAAUUAUUUCCAGUUUUCAUGUGGCUUGUAGAAAAUUAGGCUGUGCCUUUUUUAUAGGUGUUUUGUAGCUGUAUACAUGUAAGUUUUCGUAUAGUUUUUAUGUAGUUAGGCUUCCCUUUUGGUGCAUAAAAUAAUCGGGCGCUGGAGUCAUUCUUCGCUCUCACAAGUUUCAGUAACCUCUAACUGUCUUCUCCAAGAGCAAGUCCUCUUCAUCCUUUACUUCAAAACAUGGGCAAUCUGUAUAGUCGAAGACAGAGAUAGUGAAAUGUAUGAGUAAAAAUAAGACUGACAUUAAAUGAAAACCCCGGAGUUUGUGUCCGUUGAACUGCUUUAUCCCUUCACUGUUACAAUUUUUUGUCAUGUUGGGAUAUGCAGCUAAUGCGAUUUUCUAGAAAACAAGUAAUGACCAGCCGAGAAAAAUGGCUAGAAGGUAUCUGUGGAAAUUCACUUUGAUUUAGUUGCUUUUCUCAUAUCGCGUGACCCCAGCGCGUGCACAAGUGUUGAGCAUGUCUACAAUGUAUUAGGGAAAGAUGUGAGAGCGCUUGUAAGAUAGAUAGAUAGAUAGUUUAUUCUGAUUAAAAUCGCAGCCAAAAGCUGAAUUAGAUUAAUCGUUACAAUAACAAAACCUAAUAAAAAUAUGAGAAAAAAUAUAAGAAAAAUGUACACAUAUGUAGCCAAAAAUUUAAUUACAGUUGCUAUAUAUAAAUGUGUUCUUAAGUCUCUUCGUCUUAGCCAGAGGGACAUUAAAAUUCCUCUUUCGUCUUAAAUUGGAUUCACAAUUGUUACGAGGUGGCAAGAGCUUAUGCACUUUAUGGUCUGAGUUACAAGUGAUGGAAUCAAAAAGCUUAGUUGUGAUAGACUACCAGCGUCGAAAGAGCGCCUCCAAGUUGGCUUGAUGUAAUGCGUCGCUAUAUGGUACAAACGGACAAAUAAUUCGCAUGGCGCGCUUCUGUAGCUGUUCUAACUCUGCGGAUAAAUAUGCGGGAAGCGCGUUGUGAAACACCGGGCAUGCGUAUUCCGUUACUGGGCGGAUACAGGUCAAGUAAAAGAUUAGCAGAUCUUUGGCGGGAAUAUUCGCUCUCUUCAGUUGUUUAAGAAAACAUAAUCGACUCGCUACUUUUUUACUUAUUUCAGCAACAUGACAGUUCCACCGGAGGUCGGAUGAUAUCUUUAGACCUAAGAACUUAACAGUGGACUCUACCUCUAUUGCUUUCCCGUUGAUAACAAUGGGAGCAAAGUCCUCGGCUGAUUUAGCGAACUAAAUCCGUAGUUCCUUACACUUGCAUUGCCUAGUCCCUGUACGGCGUCUUUUCAGGCCCUCUCGGUCAAUGCAUUUCGGUGACGUAUCCGAGACGAACGGCCGGGAGACGCCUAGACAAUCUUGGAGUGCGCAUGCGUGAGCAUUUUUGAAAAGUUCACACGGUCAACUGAAAUAAUCUAUAAAUAACUCUGGGCGUGAAUAUCCUUCGCUAAAGAUUAUUACAAAAGUAACUAACCUAGUUCGUGUUAUAAAAGAACAAAAAUAUUACUUUGAAUCGGAAAGAAUACUACUGUCUAACGUGCAAGUAAUUUCUCUUUUAGUCCAUCUUCAAAUGAACCAUUAAAAUGAUAGUCUUUAUUGAUAAAAUGAUUUGAAACAGCAGUUUGUUGACAUUCUACCAAAUUUAGACCAAAUUCAACAGCCUGUCCGAUUACUUUGAUAAGCUUCCAAAUCCAAAAAUUUAGUAAAUUACAUAAAGUAUUUCGAAGUGAAAUAAUAACGAGAAAUUUAUAGGAGCAAGCAAAAAUAGAGAAACGAAAGAUAGCUUGUCAUAUCCAAGAAUAAAUAUAAACUUAUUUCUUUAGCUUACCUUCCGAUUCUUGAUCAAAUAAUUUUUUUGCGACGCUGUUUUGCUUAGCCUACAAAUAGUUUUUGAGAUGAAAUAAAGUUCAAAUUAGUUUAAUGAGAUAAAUGAAAAAGAAAGGCCAAACGACUUUCAACAAUGAAAACGUGCAUAGAAUAAAAAUGCUCGGUCCUCUGUAUCGAUCCAAGGCUGCUGGACAUCUUUCAUCAGCGCGGAAAAGUUAUUGACAGCUCGCCCGCUUCCAAAAGCUCCGCCCCAAGUGAGACAAAAUGUUUGUCUAGGCCUCAAAAACUUUCUCGGACCACGUGACCCGAAACGCAUCGGCCGCGCAUAAUAAUGAGGCCUAGGGACUAGGCAAACACUUGCACUCGUUUAGCUGGAACUUGUUUUGGUUAGACUUUUAUAGACAAUGUAAAAGGACGACGAUAUCUCAAGCGCCCACAAAGGUAUCAGAAGCAGAGACGGCCUUUGAGACACCUGGAGGAAGCCUUUGACCACAUUGCACAUUACUUGUACGCCAGCCCCCCGAGCAUGAUCGAGGAUUGCCAUGCGUGA